AUGCCACCCGAGCUUCCUGAAUUUAUAGCACAAACGGAUCCUUCUUGCGUACCCUCGGUGUAUUUUAUUUCUUCUUCAGUUGUUUUCUUAUGUCUCUAUGACACUCUAGCGGAAGAGGAAUGUCUUAAGGACAGUGGCAUCAAAUGCUUCGAAUGCCAAUCUUGGGUGGAUCCAAAAUGUAACGAUCCAUUUAAUUUAUCAGUGUAUCCAAUUGAUUUGCCCCAUCAUGAAGAAUGUAAGGGAUGCUGCGUUAAAAUUCUUACAGAUAUCGGUACAGAUCAUCAAAAGAUACGAAGAACUUGUACAGAACGCCUACAGAUAAAUCUAUUUAUGGUUGAUCAUGUUUGCAUGAAUCAAGGCGACGGUAAAGGAAAAAUGUGCUUUUGUGAAAGAGAUUUCUGUAAUGGUGUAAAUCAUUUGAACACUGUCUUCAGUAUAUACUUGUUGACGUCACUUAGUGCCUUCGUCACGUGGUACACGACGUCCUCUUUGUGAUCUUUUGACAUAAUCUAUCGACCCCUUAUUUUCGGAGUCUAGUUUCGAAGAAUAAUGCUUAAAUAUGGUUCCAUCGAAUUAAAUAUAUAAAUAUAUUUAUUUUCUUUGUAAAAGAAUAAAAAUAUAUAAGAAUGUUGAUCUCGUCCGAAAGGAAAUAAAAGAGCAUUUAUUACUUGAAA